GUAAUACCUAAAAACUUGCAAUAUUGUCAGUAGAUAUUGAUAGUUGCCUUACUGUAAAUAACGUACAAUUAACAAUCUACACUCGGUCUACUGACAGAUAAUGAUCAGUAAUUGCUGAUAAUUUUCCUACCCCAUAUAGUGUUCAAGGGUCAAGUCGUACAGAACAGCAACUUUGACACCGUCAGUGACAGUCUAUCAGUGCCAUCAAAGUGUAUUCUCAGGGUUAUUUUAACCGAAUUUUGGAAAUUUAUUAUAACUAGGAUUAAAGUUAUUAUUAUUCCGUGAAGAAUGUUUGCUUUGAAAAGGAGUGCAAGACAUGUGUAUGGUGUAUGCACAGGGCUUCAGUUAUGCAGUAAGCGGUCGAUCGCCGGCCUAUCGGCGCUAUCCGAAACCCAUCAGAUGCUGCAGAAAACGUGCCGGGACUUUGCCGAUAAUGAGCUUAUACCAAUUGCUGCAAAAAUCGAUCGGGAUCAUCUUUAUCCGGCAGAACAGGUUCAUAAGAUGGGCGAACUCGGCCUAAUGGCAGUGUCCAUUGCUGAGCAGUAUGGUGGUACAGGUUUAGAUUAUCUUGCCUAUUCUAUCGCCAUGGAAGAAGUGUCUCGAGGUUGUGCCUCAGCUGGAGUUAUAAUGUCUGUUAAUAACUCUUUAUACCUCGGGCCAAUCGAUCGGUAUGGUAGCGAAGAUCAAAAACAAAAAUAUGUUGUUGGAUAUACCGAUGGUAAGAAAGUAGGUUGCUUUGCUCUCUCUGAACCGGGAAAUGGAUCGGAUGCAGGAGCAGCGUCUACGGUCGCUACAUUGAAAAAUGAUCGCUGGAUUUUAAACGGGACUAAAUGCUGGAUUACGAACGCUUACGAAGCAGAUAGCGCUGUUGUAUUUGCUACUACCGACAAAAACUUGAAACACAAGGGUAUUUCUGCAUUUAUUGUACCGAAAAAUACAGAAGGUUUUACGUUGGGCAAAAAAGAAGAUAAACUUGGAAUUCGUGGAUCAUCAACAGCUCAGCUUAUCUUCGAAGACUGUGAAAUUCCCAAAGAAAAUCUUCUCGGUGAGACAGGCCAUGGAUUCAAGAUUGCUAUGCAAACAUUAGACGCAGGUCGCAUAGGAAUCGCCAGUCAGGCACUUGGAAUUGCCCAAGCUUCUUUGGAAUGCGCUGUUGAUUAUGCCAAUAAAAGAAUGGCUUUUGGUAAGCCCAUUUCUAAAUUGCAAGCAAUCCAAACAAAGAUUGCAGACAUGGCUGUCAGCUUGGAGUCGGCACGCUUAUUAACCUGGCGAUCUGCUUGGCUGAAGGAUAACAAAAAACCCUUUACCAAAGAAGCAGCCCAGGCUAAACUGGCAGCUUCCGAGGCAGCCACCUUUUGCGCCCAUCAGUGCAUUCAAAUUUUAGGAGGCAUGGGGUAUGUGUCGGAUAUGCCAGCAGAACGACACUAUAGGGAUGCCAGAAUCACGGAGAUCUACGAGGGAACCUCCGAAAUUCAACGACUAGUUAUUGCCGGACAAGUCAUCAAGGAAUUAUCCAGUUGAAACGUUUUAUGCUCUAAUUUAUAGUGCAGUACUCGUGCGCUAACAGUACGAAACUGGCGAUGUAACGCAAAUUCUAAUUUCAAUGCGCGAUAAGCUGCCAGAUCUUAUUUCAAAUCAAUUGUGUGUUCAAUUUUAUAUUGAACUGCAUGCUUUAACCUUUGCCGAUCGGUACGGUAUUGUGAUCAAAAUUUGUUCGAUCAAGAAAGUAGAAUCGGGGCGUUUAUUGAUACAUAUGCAUUUCACCUUAUGUCUGUGAGAUACAUCUUUAUACCUACAUGGUAGUAUCGGAUUAAGCAUAUAAUUUUUUUUCAAUCUAAUUAAACAAUCAUUUUCAUGCUACUACGGAACAUACAACUAGCGAACGAGUGCUGUCUACUAUGUGUUAAAUGUCAAUAGUUGAGUAGGUUGAACAAUUUAGUAAGGGUAAAAAAUCAAAAUGUAAUUUUUUAUUAGUUUGUUUCAACUGUUUGUUACACAUCAUCCGAUUAGGUACUUGUGUUUCAUAGAACUUGUAUAUUUUUGAAAA